AUGCCCUUUCCAUCGCAUCAACUGGGUGCACUGAUGGCGGCCAGCGGCGGUGACAGCGGCGGCAGUGGAACCAACAACGGCUAUCCCGAUGUGGCAGCAAUGGACGCAACCGGUCUUGGACUGUGGGGCUGGUGUUUUCCGAGCCCAACUCCUAUUAUGGGAGCAGGAGUAGAAGGGAGGGCGCCUAUUUCGGCAGGGGCGGGGGCGGGAGCGAGAGCGGGGGGGACGAUUUUGGCCGGUGUGCCGGGCCUCGGCAGCGUUGGCAACUUCCAGGCUCUUGCGACCAGCCCCGCCGCCACCCUAGCCGCCGCUGGACCGCAGCAGUACCCAAGACCAAUGCCACGGGGACAGCAGUUUCUGGAGCCGGGGGAUGUAAGGCCACCGAAUGUUGCUGGGGCGUGGGGGGGCGUCUCAAGGAUCAACAACGCUGGCGGUGGGGUUAGCAGCAGCGAAGGAGAAGUGGCCGGGCUAGGAGUAGGCGAGCUUGGCGCUGCGGCACACUCGGGGGGUACGGAGCAGCAAGAAGGCUCCGUGGGGUCGGGAGGGGACCGGGGAGGAAGCUCGACGUCGUCGUCUAACCCAUCGGAGCUCAAGAGGCAGGAGCGGAACGCGCGGGAGCAGCGAAGAUCACUUAUGACGUCUCGUCAAAUCGACAAGCUCCGCAAGCUCCUGCAGGAGUGCGGCAUACAGACCAAGGCCAACAAGAGCAGCGUCCUCUCCGAGGUGGCGAGCUACACGGCUCAGCUCCAGCAGCAGAUCGAACAGCUAGAAGAAGAGCGCGCGCGAUGGAUGGCCGAAACCUCGGACGUUCCGGAAGUCGGCCGGCAAGAUCCAAAUGGCGGGACGAUCGACUGCAAGCAGGUUUUCGCACACGCUAGCGUGGCGUUGGCGAUGGCCACCGUGGAAGGACGCCUGAUCGAGAGCAACCUGCAGUUCGAGGCGCUGAGCGGCCAUCGCAACGAGGAGCUCAAGCAGCUGACCCUUCUGAGCCUCACGGCUCCGUCAGAACUUCAGGAGACUUUCCAGCGUUUGUCGGCAAUGCUCACAGACGGAACGGGAAAGGCUCCAGAGCACGUGCUUUCGAAGGCGGUGUUGAAGAACAAAGACCAAGAUCUAUCCCUCUCCUUAACCCUGGUCCGAGACGCCCUCGGUCGGCCCAAGUACUUCCUGUGCUCCCUUCUCCCCAACACUCCCGCGGCAUCACCUCCCUUGUCGACCGUCCCUGGACCACUUGCAAGCGGCGGCCUCCUCCCCGGCCCCGGCGACGCUGCAUGUGCUGGCGGUUCUUCCGAUUGUGCUUCCGAUGAUGCUGCUUCUUCGAGGCGUGCCUCCGGUGGCGGCGGCGGCGGCGGCAUGGAUGCUUCUUCUACAAGCGAAUACGGCGGCGGCGGUGCGCCUCCUCCUCCUCCUCCUCCCGCCGCUGCCGCCCGUGGACCGGUGGGUUCGUUACCCGACGCAUCCGCCGCCGUGACUUCUUCUGCGGAGGGCGGAACUACAACAAAUGAUACUGCCGCUGCUGCUGCUGCUGCUGGAAGUGCCGGUGACGCAAAGUCGAGUGUGUCCACAACGGGUUCACACAGUGGCGUGAACCCAUCCCUCACGCCGGCGGCAGCGGAGCCCGGGGGUAUAUCUGUAUCUACUGCGGAUGACGAUGAUGCCGAUAUUGCUUCCACGUCUACUGCUGCUGCUGCUGCUGCUGCUGCUGCUGCUGCAGACACUGAAAGCAUUAACGGUUGCAGCUCCGGCUCGGACGGCGACGUGGGGUCCAUGAUGAUGUCCAGCCGCGAAGUUGUCGAACUCGUCGAGGUGUUUGAAAGCAGCCGUGGUGGCGACAGCAGAGGCAAGGACGACAUGGCGGCCAAGAGGAGAUGAAAACGUCCACCAGCCACAACCAAUACGCUUGGUUUUUGAUGUGGCAAAAAUAUUUGAUGUGCAAGGGCUUAUGUUAUCUGGGUGACUUGAUUUACGCGCGGAGUUGGAGUAGCAAAAACGAUGGCGAGAGUCCGCCGCGCCGUGACUCGCCACCUAGGCUGGGCGUGUCGUAAUUUUGGGUUGGGGUUUUGAGGGCAACGAGGGGAGAGAGGAGACAAACGAACGAGUCGAAUUCAUUUUGAGUGAGGGCAGGGCCAUGAUAUGUACCCUUACCCAUCCCAACUCCGCCAUCCAGUCCCACGCACUUAGUAGGGUGUUCGUGGUUCAUGGUUAUUAUUUUUACUGCUCUGAUCCGGGGGCUCGUAGCCUGCUUGGUCGUUGGAGCUGUCUAUAAUCGUGUGCAAACCGCUGCCGUCAUCGUCGAUGUUUCGGCGACUCGCGAUUUGUCGGCUGCUUGCUGUUGAUCAUUACGGCCAACCAGGUUGUGGGAGAGAUUUCCACCCGCCCGCAAACACCGUCCGGAUUGAUCGAAGUGGAUGGUGAUAGCUUCUUUCGUGCUUACGCUUGUGACGACGCGGAAAACGGUUUAGGAUUGCAGGAGAAGAUGCAGGCAUUUGAAUGAAUCGAAAAUUUACUUGGGGUCUAGUGUUGUUUACUCAGUACAAAAGUAGAUAGUAGGUGGGGACCUGCACGUCACAGCCAGCAGUUAUUUUACUUCGAGGUUCUUAAUUUCUGUUUUCAUUUUCAAGCUAUUGAAGUUACAUAACUGCAACUGAAUUCAGAACAGAAGCGAGCGUUGCCUCGUACGGCUGAUAGGUUAAAAGUGCAGCCGAUUGCAUGGACGUAUUAGCGUAUUAGCUGUUACCCUGUUGUGGUCUCCUUCAUUCAUUUGCCAUCAGGCACCGAAUCUAUCUUGGGAAUACUCAAAUAGUC